AUGGCGGCUCCCGUAACAGCAUGUUUAUGUUUCUGGCGUUCUGUACAGGUUGCAAACGGGGCGCAGCUCACAUGUAAAGUAUUCUCCAGAAUAAACUGCGAUACAGUAUUAAUUCGCCGUUUUGUGCUUGAUCAUAAAUUCUCGACCAAGCACUCGGAUGAUUCACAGGGUGAUCGGACUGCUGAGAACAUCCCAGUGGAUAAACUUCAAAUAACUUACAGUAGGAGCAGUGGACCAGGAGGUCAACAUGUAAACAAAGUCAACACAAAGGCAGAGGUUCGGUUUCAUGUUCAGACAGCAGACUGGAUUCCAGAGGAGGUGAGAAAGGAGAUCGUCUUAAAGAACAAAAGCCGAAUAAAUAAAGCUGGUGAGUUAAUAGUAACUUCAGAGGUGAGCAGAAGCCAGCAGAGGAAUCUGAAUGACUGUGUACAGAAAAUCUCUGAGAUUAUUAGUGAAGCCAGUCAGCGACCACCAGAGCCAUCAGAAGAGGAUCUUGCCCUGAGGGCUGAAAGGUUAGAAAAAAGAAAUUUAGCAAGGCUCAAACAGAAAAGGAUCCAUUCUUCAACAAAGCAAGCACGGCAGGUUAAUUUUGACUAGUUUAAAGCUGUAAAUACUUAUGUUUUCAUAGUUUUAGAAGAGUCAGAAUGUUCGACUGUGUCAAGCAAAGAAAACAUGAAAAAAUACUUUAACUUGGUUAAGAAUUGUCCAACACAAUAUUAAAACCUGUCAGAAAAGUUCUAAAACA